GGUGACGUAUUUGUCCCGUUUCCACGCAAUUUUCAUUGAAAAGAAAAGAAGCACCGAGCGAAGCCAGCCAGGUUGUCUUCCGAUUCCUUCGUGCGUGCGAUUCUUCUGAUAUUCCAAGGCGACGCACCGACACCGGACCCAUCUCCGGCGACAUCUCACCGAUCUCCGGCGAAUCCCCGGUCCCCACUUUCUUCCCUCGAAAUGAAUCCCGAGUAUGAUUAUCUGUUCAAGCUCCUUCUUAUUGGAGACUCUGGUGUUGGUAAAUCAUGCCUUCUUCUGAGAUUUGCUGAUGAUUCGUACAUAGAGAGCUACAUAAGCACCAUUGGAGUUGAUUUUAAAAUACGUACUGUUGAGCAGGAUGGAAAGACCAUUAAACUACAGAUCUGGGACACAGCCGGGCAAGAACGAUUUAGGACAAUCACCAGUAGCUACUAUCGUGGGGCCCAUGGGAUCAUUAUUGUUUAUGAUGUGACAGAUGAAGAGAGCUUCAAUAAUGUGAAGCAGUGGCUCAGUGAAAUUGAUCGCUAUGCAAGUGAUAAUGUUAACAAGCUUUUGGUUGGAAACAAGUGUGAUCUGGAAGCAAAUAGAGCUGUGUCAUAUGAAACAGCUAAAGCAUUCGCAGAUGAAAUAGGCAUACCUUUUAUGGAAACAAGUGCAAAAGAUGCUACAAAUGUUGAACAGGCUUUCAUGGCAAUGGCUGCUUCAAUCAAGGAUAGAAUGGCAAGCCAACCUGCAAACAAUGCAAGGCCUCCAACAGUGCAGAUCAGGGGACAGCCAGUUGCACAGAAAGGUGGGUGCUGCUCUUCCUAACCACUAGUGACUCCGAUCCAUUUCAUUUGGUUACCUAUUUCAUGUUAGAUUUUUUUUUUAUAUAAUAUUUCACUAGUGGACCAGUGUCAGAAUUUCUCUGUUGGUUUGGAACUGAUCUAGAUGAUCCCAUUCGUUGAAUAUACUUUAUACUAAAAAUGAUAUGGCUUGUGCAAAGUAUAAUACUCAUUAAUGCUAAAUAUAUAUUCCUAUCUUUCCAUUUGGGACUA